CUUUCAUGGCCAACAUGGGUCCUGAAAUUGGUUCAUGCCUAUUUCUUUCCUGAAGAAACCACAUGUACAAAGCUGCUUCCACUUCUGGAUGUUCAGCUUUCUUGAGUGUCUGUCUCUUGCCUGGCCCGCAGUCAGUAGUUGACACGAACUUCUUGAUCUUCUGAUCGACCUACGUAUUCACUUGCUAAACUACUGAAAGUUUCAUUACGAUUUAAAUGGUCUAAAAUAUCA